AUGAGAGUUGCUGCACUCCGUGCAACCCCUCUUUACCGCAUUCCCUCUCUUUGCACUCCUCAACCCCCCUUCCUCCCCUGCGCAGUCUACUGGCUGGAUGGUGGCAGCAUGGCGAAGAGCAGAGUGGAGGGCAACGUGGGGGACAUGGGGGGGGGCGGCAUGGCAGUCAACACCAUCAACCCCAUCACUGUGGACGAUUGUGACUUUGUUGCUAACGAGGCCACCACUGGGGAGGGCGGAGGCGUGCUUAUAACGGAGGGUGAAGCCACAGACGUGACAAUCAGCAACACCCGGUUCUCGCAGAACAAGGCCAUGGCAGCGCGAGGAGGGGGUGUGUUCCACAGUGGGACCGCCCUCUCCCUCCUCUCCACCUCCUUCAAAAGCAACUCUGCUGCUAAGGGCGGCGCACUCGCAAUCGUUGGCUCUGUCCUCUCCUCCUCCUCUUCCUCUCCCUCCGAUCCCGCCGCUCCCGCCGCUCCUGCCACUCCCUCUGUGUCCACCGUCGCUACGGUCACCUCCUCCUCGUUCUCCCUCAACCACGCUGACCUGGCGGGCGGCGCGGUUUACGCCGCCAUGACCGGCGACGCGCGAAUCACCGACUGCCAGCUGUCGCAGAACGACGCGACGACAGGUGGCGGGGUGGCACUGGAGGAGUACAGUGUGCUGGACAUGCAGAGGACGGUGUGUGACGGCAACAAGGCGAUAUCCGGGGGAGGGUGUUUGGCGCUGAUUGACUCUACGUCCGGCGUGAUUGUAAAGGGGGAGGUGAAGGGGAACGAGGGCGGGAGCGAGGGAGGGGGGGUUCGUGCGAGUGGGUCGGCAAAGUUGAGUGUAUCGGGGGUGAUUGUAGAGGGGAACAGUGCGCAAGGGGGUGGGGGGUUUGUCUGGGCAGAAAUGGACUCUCAGGUGAACGCAUCGGGCACCACGUUUCGAAACAAUUCUGCCCGGUUUUACGGCGGAGUGAUCUACGCCGUCCAUUCGGCCAGCGUCGCUCUCACAGGAUCUGAUCUGAUUGCGAACAGCGCGGAUUUGGGCGGCGCGGCGCUGAUCGAGGGGCGGGCGGUUUUGUCCUCUUUCAACUCGACGUUCUCUGAGAAUGCCGUCCAUGCAGUGAUGGUGAGAGGCCAGGCAGUGGCAACCAUUAUUGGUGGUAGUUUCAACAACAACACUGCUGCCAGCAUCCCGUCCUCUUCCUCCUCUUCCUCCUCUUCCUCCUCUUCCUCCUCUGCUUCUGCUGCUGUUUCAACCAUUCCGACCACCACUGCCACCGCCACCGCCGCUGCCACUGCUACCGGAUUUUCUGACUCCGCCUAUCCUUUCUCGCCUUCUAUCCGCAUGGCUGCUGCCUUUGCAGCUGCAGUCACCUCCUCUAUCGAAUCGGCUAGCUUAACCACCAAGGGCCUUACUGCCAGAAUCCUUGCUGCUGCUUCUCCUUCUGCUCCUGCUGCUGCCGGUGUAGCUGGGAAUGUUACCACCGGCCAAGGCGGUAACAGCACGGCAGCUGGAGCAACAGCAGCAACAGGAGCAGCAGCAACUGGAGUGGCGAGCCCUGUGGGCGACGGUGGCGCGCUCCACGUCACCGACUCCGCCGUCCUCGUUAUCAACAGCUCCACUCUCGCCGGCAACACCGGGAGCAGCGGCGGCGCCAUCUUCUCCGAUUCGCUCGCGACCGUCUCGAUCAACGGCUGCGAUUUCGCCUCAAACGCUGCCAGCAAGGGAGCAGGAGCCCUCGCCACAGGGAAUUCGUCUCUCUCCGUCUUCCUCUCCAACUUCACUUCAAACGCAGCGUCGUUUGGCGGAGGCGGGUUGUUUUACGAGGGCAACUCGCAGGGAAGCAUAUUGAACUGCUCGUUUGUGGGGAACGAUGCCAAGAAGGGCGGCGCGGCUGUGUAUGUGGAUCGUGAGCUUCUCCGAAAGAACCCUCUCGGGGAGAUGACUGACAGCAGCAGUGGCAGUGGCAGCGGCGACAGCAGCAGCAGCAGCAGUGGCAGUGGCAGCGGGUCAUCGGUGCCCUCUCUCCCGCCGGCUGUGGCACUGAGCAACAAGCUGACGUGCACGAAUGUGGUGUUUGAAGGCAACGCAGCCGUGCCCAGCCAGGGCGUGGCAUUCUUCGACACGUCCUUCUGGCCGGGGGUCAGGAUCACAUGUGCUGACGCUGAUAGUAGCAAGCGGGACACCAUCGGCACCCCUCCCACGUCCUUCUCUCUCAUGUGGGAGAAGAAUGUGAUGGAAGGGGGAAACGGCAGUGAUGCCUCUGUCCCGUUCACAGUGAUGGGCGACACGCAGACGCCCAUCGUCAACAUCACCGUCACCAUUCUAGAUGCCUACGGCAACGUCGCCACCGACGACUUCUCUUCUAUCAUCGCCAUCCAGCCCGACCCAAGAAUCUCCGGCCUCCUCCGCGCCACCGCGCUCCGCGGCCGGGCGGUCCUGCCGCCCGUUUCCCUCGUCCUGCCGCCCGAAGAGGCCGCGAAUUUCACCCUCCCGAUCACCGUCAGCAGCCCGACCGACGCUUACCCGCCAAUCACCCGCGAGCUCGAAUUCGGGUUGUGCGAUCCUGGGAGCUAUUUCUCCCUGGAUGAUCUGGCUUGCCUGCCUUGCGAGGUGGGCUUCAUGUGCCCUGCGGGGCAGGGGUCAGUGAUGUGCGAGGACGGGACGUUCAGCUUUCUUCCGGCUGCGAGCGAGUGUGCGACUUGUGCUGAUACAGUCACGAUUCACGGGGAUAACGCAAUGGAUUGCACCAAUGGGACGUGUACGAUUGCUGCGGAUUUCUGGUUGAACCCGGGGAGCGUUUACACUGACAACCCCGCGGUGUACUACUGCGACGUGUCAAACGGCUGUGCAGGCUACGAGUACACAUCCCCCAACGACUCGCAGUGCGCGGAGGGGUACAAUCAGAACCGCCUCUGCUCCAUGUGCGCCCCCGGCUACUACUCAGUCAUUGGCACGUGCUACCAGUGCACCUCCUGGAUGGAAACCCUCUUCUGGUUCUUCUUCGUGCUCGUGAUCCUGCUGUGGGUGGCGACGGCCGCCUUUUCUGACCGCUUCCACUCGGUGUCUAUGAUGAACAGUGAGCUGCAGAUCCUGGCAGUGCUGGGCUCUGUGGAUCUGCAGUUCCCCGACUGGGCGAGAAAAGUCGUGGAGCUCUCAACACUCAGUCUCUUCUCUGUGGACAUUCUGGGACCGGACUGCAAGGUCUCCUUCCCCUUCACCUCUCGCUGGGCGCUCACCAUGAUAGUCGCUGCUGUGGGUCUCGCCGCCUAUGCCCUCCUCUUCGCCGUGCAAGGCACCCUCCGCCGCUUCUUCCCCUCACCCGCGCACUCCUCCCACUCGCAAGGCCAAAUAGGGAAAGGGGAGAAGGGAGGGGAGAAGGGAGGGGAGAAGGGAGGGGAGAAGGGCGGGGAGAAGGGAGGGGGGGUUGGAGAAGACAAGCCGUCGGCGAACCCGCCGGCCCCUCUGGAGGAUAUUUAUAUUCACGGCGCGGCCAACUGGCUGGACGUGUGCUAUCUGCCCGUCACCGUGCGCUGCUUCCAGGUUAGCCUUGCGCUAACAGCAGUGCGCGCAUCACGCUGUUUGCGAUCGCCAUCGCCGUCACCAUCGUCUUUGUGGCGGGUGCGCCCAUCUACUAUGCGCUCACCAUGCUCCACACUCAACCGCGCUCUCACCCCUCUCCUCCUUCCCCUCCCUCCCUCCCUCCCACCCUCACUCCCUCCCUCCCUCCCUCCCUCCCUCCCUCCCUCCCUCCCUCCCUCCCUCCCUCCCUCCCUCACUCCCUCCCUCCCUCCCUCCCUCCCUCCCUCCCUCCCUCCCUCCCUCCCUCCCUCCCUCCCUCCCUCCCUCCCUCUCUCCCUCUCUCCCCCACUCCCUCCCCUCCAGGCCUUUUCCAAGAGCACGUACGAUGUGACUGUCAUGACAUUCUCCCCCACGGACCUGUGGAGCAGCAGUGCGCGCAUCACGCUGUUUGCGAUCGCCAUCGCCGUCACCAUCGUCUUUGUGGCGGGCGCGCCCAUCUACUACGCGCUCACCAUGCUCUACGGCAAGAAGCAGAAGCUGCUCGACACGCAAGCGUUCCGCGCGCGCUGGGGGUGGAUGGUCACGCGAUAUGAAUAUCGUUAUUUCUACUGGCAUCUUAUGUUGUUCGCGAGGAGGAUUCUGGUCGCGGCGCUGUUUGUGUUCCUCAUUGACUCGCCUCCGGUUCAGGGGAGGGGGAGGGGGAAGGGCGCACCCAUCUUCUACGCGCUCACCAUGCUCUACGGCAAGAAGCAGAAGCUGCACGACACGCAGGCGUUCCGCGCGCGCUGGGGGUGGAUGGUCACGCGAUACGAGUACCGAUACUUCUACUGGCACCUCAUGCUGUUCGCCAGGUGGAUUCUCGCCGUGGCGCUGUUUGUUUUCCUCAUCGACUCGCCUCCGGUUCAGGGGGAGGGGAAGGGCGCGCCCAUCUACUACGCGCUCACCAUGCUCUACGGGAAGAAGCAGAAGCUGCUCGACACGCAGGCGUUCCGCGCGCGCUGGGGGUGGAUGGUCACGCGAUACGAAUACCGCUAUUUCUACUGGCACCUCAUGCUGUUCGCCAGGAGGAUUCUCGUCGCGGCUCUCUUUGUCUUCCUCAUUGACUCUCCCCCGGUUCAGAUGACUGUGCUCUUCCCCGUGCAAGUCAUCCUCAUCGGCCUCCAGCUCGCCGCCUCCCCAUUCCUCACCUCAACCACAACACCUCUCUUUUCCCCCCAACUCCCCUCCUCUCCUCCCAACUCCCCUCCUCUCCUCCCAACUCCCCUCCUCUUCUCCCCACCCCCCCCCGCCCCCCGACCAGAUGACUGUGCUCUUCCCCGUGCAAGUCAUCCUCAUCGGCCUCCAGCUCGCCGCCUCCCCAUUCCUCACCUCAACCACAACACCUCUCUUUUCCCCCCAACUCCCCUCCUCUCCUCCCAACUCCCCUCCUCUCCUCCCAACUCCCCUCCUCUUCUCCCCACCCCCCCCCCGCCCCCCGACCAGAUGACUGUGCUCUUCCCCGUGCAAGUCAUUCUCAUCGGCCUCCAGCUCGCCGCCUCCCCGUUCGUCGCCUCGACCCACGACGCGUUCGCAGCGACCCUAAUCGUCGCCGAGAUGAUCUUCAUCAUCGCCACCAUGGGGUUCAACUUCGUGCAGCUCGAAACGCUCCCUAAGAUCGGUUUCGCGCUGGUCAUCGUCGCCUUCUGCGUCCCCACCCUCCUCGUCUUCUCCUACGAAUCAGCCAACCAUCUCCUAGUCUGGAAAGUCCACGGCGCAGCGAAAAGCCUCUGGGCUUUAGACGACGAGGGGGAAGGCGGGGACGGAGGAGACGGAGCGACAGGGAAACCCGGAGCAGGGGCAGCUAGUAACAAACCGCCGAAGCAUGUGAGGGAGGGGGCAGUGGAGGUGUCACCUAGUGACGUGCUCGACUGGUUCCGCCCGCACAUUGCAGCUAUCAUCCUGCUCCCGGGCCGGGAGGAGGAGCGGAGGCUGCUUAUGAAGGUCCGGCGGGCGUACGAGGCCUGCUGCUACCCCCUCAACUCCGCCGCUUCCGCCACUGCAGCCGACACCACCGCUGCUGCUGGUGCUGCUGCUGCUAGUGCUGCCGCCUCCUCCUCCUCCUCCACGGCCCUGGUUCCCGCACCGGAAUUCGGAGACACCUCCUGGAUCAAGGACCUGAACAAGUCGCAGCGCUUUGCCGCUCUGCAUCAGAUUGUGCUGGGUGCGGCCGUAGGGAGGCGCCCUGUUGCCCGCGUGCCCUUUGAUGCCCGCGACGUGCCGGCUAUCUGGACCACGUCCGGAGGGGUUGUUAUCGCUGGUAUGGGUGCCGUUCCCACCACUAGCAGCGGAGGGGUGGGAGCGCAGGAGAGCGAGGGGAGGGAUAUUGCUUCUGGGGGAGCGCUGAGUUCUCGGUAUGGGUAUGGCAGUACUAGCUUUUAUGUUGGAGCGGGCAGCGGGCCGGGCGGCGCAAGCACCCGCGUGCAUGACAUUCUCGCGUCCUCGCGAUUCAUCAGCAAGGCAAUGCGGGAAAACGCCAAGACAGACCGCCCGGCGCUGGUCCGCUCGAAGAAUAUCUCAAUCAAGAAUCUUCGUCCGCCCAAGCCGCCCCAGCCGCUGCCUCAGGACCUGUGGCCGCCGCCCCUGGAGGAGUGCGCCACGUGGGCGCACGUGAUUGGCCGACAGCAGGCGGCUCAGAUGGAGAGAGAUGCUGCAGUGGCGGAGGGGAGGGAGGAGGAGGAAGAGGAGGAAGACGAGGGAGCAAAGGAAGAAAUGGCCGGUGCCCCAGCUGGGUAUGCGAACGGCGGGUCAGAGAAAUUGAACGGCGCUGCUGCUGCUGGUGCGAGUGGAGGGGACGCGAACGGAGAGGGCGUGGAGGAUGAGGAGGACGAGGAGGAGGAAGAAGAGGAGGAGGAAGGGGAGUACCUGGAGGCAUGGCUGGAUAGCAUGGGGAUCUCCCUGGCGUUUCAGCAGAGUUUCUCCCAGCUGACUCUGGUGGAGAAGAAGAGGAAGCCCCAGUCGCUUCGCCGCCUGCUCACGUCCGUGAAGCUUCCAGACAUCCUCGGUUGGCUCUCGUCCCCCCUGUGCACCACUGCCGACCGAGCCUUGUUUGUUCGUCUGCUAGCGGCUGUGCGGGCGGCGACAGUGGAGGAUGCGGGCGGCCCGCGUUGGAGCAAGUGUCUCGUGGUGGCGUUCCAGGGCAAGGCCAACACCACCCGCAAAGUGGCAGCAGCAAGCAAGGACUAUCUAGCAGAGGCAUCAGAGCACACUCUGGCAGAAGCGUCACAGGAGGACUCACCGUAUGGCUAUGGCGUCUAA